CAUUGCAGCAACAGCUACGCACCAUCUAUCUUCUAUUUCGGGCAGUGCAACACCUUCUACCUCCUCAUUUUUUUUCAUAUAUGUUCUACUAUUCAGCUUUAGGCUUUCCAAUUAAGUCUACCUGAUGGAUGCAGACCCAGACAAUACUAUGUAAAGCCAAGUCACACAGCAACAUUUUGUUUUUUUUUUUUAAUCACAAAUACGACAGUGCUGGUGGCGCUUGAGUGACCACAAAGAUCGAUGCUGCCUGUGGACGAAGAUUUCGCCGCGUCACAGCGGCCUUUUGUCCUCGUGCAAGGGCAAGCGGCAAUCGACGACCUGCGGAGCAAGUUGCGGACAAGAGCGCUGGAGCGAAUGCAAACAGUCGCGGAAAUCAAAAAGCUAGGAACUACGCCAGAACCACCAGGAGGGCACGAGGAGGAAUCAGACGACUUGCAGCUGCUCCGACGCGACACUAUCAAGCUGGAGGAAGUCAGCGCUGAGAUCCUGCAUAUUACCGCGACCUUUCUGCGGAAGGUAAACCCUGCGGACGCGUCGAUAUGGAAUUUGCGAUUCCACACGUUCACGGACCUGACAGACCAUUUGGUAAUUCGUGGCGCGUGGGGGUGGACGAGGGGCCAAAAGCGAAGAGAGGAACCUACAUGGAGGGACCACAGCGACAAGACCGGCGACCUGUCGUCCGCACGUGUGCUUGUGGUUGAAAAGCUCUGCCAAGCCGUCCAGCGCGAACUGUUGGUCAGCCGGGAGCUGCUCGGCUCUGCCAAGAACUUCCAGUCCUGGCAAUACCGCAAAACGCUGCUGGCCUACUUGGGAGAACACCUGCUAGCUGUUGUUGUACGGGAAAAGUUCAACAGGUUAACUAUGCAGGAAACGAUGGACCAGGACCAGCAGGAGUUCUCCCUUCGGGAGUUGGCGGAGCGAAUCGAGGAUUUGUGGGCCGCAGUUGUCUCUACGGAACUAGACUAUGUCCACCUCGUCAUGAACGACAUUGCCUUUGACCCGCGGUGCUACAACGCCUUCGAGUACCAGCGGCAGCUUCUUCUCGGGAAGCACACCAUGCAGCUUUUGCCGCCUGGAAGAGCAGAAGCAGAACCUGUUGAGGGUGAUGAAUUAGAACACGAACGACCGAUCGGCGCAGUCGUCGACAAGUGGGAUCAUUUACUGGCCGAGAAGCUGCACGGGCGCGCCGGCGCCACGAAUCUUCAGGAUGAUCUCACUUGCGCUGAUGAGAACAACGCCGACCAACAAGAUGAAAUAAAGGAUGAAGGUCUUGAGAAGACGCCCCUCAGAAAAAGUCGCAGCUUGGAGUAUAUGGAAUUGAUGCUUUUUGUUGCGCGUGUCGGGCGCGCUCUAGUUCGGGACGAAGGAAGUAGAAGACUAAAGAACAGCAGGAAAAAUAACGCUGAAGAUGACAGAAGAAUUUCUUUCACGGAAAAGGUGAUCGAGACUGAGGUUUUGAAGCUCGAGAGAGACCUCACACACGAUUUUCCAAAAACCAUCAAUUCGCAAAAUCUAAACCAUGCUGGGCAAAAACAAAAAGAGGAAAGACAGUUUUCAAGAAUAUCAUUUUCUCGCGACCACAACAUGGGAAUGUUCCACGCGGCUAUCGCGCCCCCGUCUUCCGAUAAUUUCGACCUGUAUGGAUAUUCGAACGGUUUCGUGUCACCACUCAAGAUCUCGUUCUUCGAAAAAUUGAGGGAUGAGCUGCUGGUGGUGGACCUCCAACAAGCUCAGCAAGACGAGGCGAAGCCGAACAGAAGCCCUGACCAGUUGAAGGAAGGGGAACUGCACGACGUGGUCGACAAGAUGCAAGAAACGCUGGAACAGAACCUAUUGAAAAUGGACUUUGGAAAGUUUUACGAUCUCACGGUAGCGUGUGUAGUGGAACAGGUGAACAAAGAACGCAGCUUUGAAAUGCGGGGUAGACUGUUGCGGCUGCUGGAGCACUAUGACAGCUGCGUCGGGGGAGUGAGGGUAACAUCUGGUGGUGGUCCCCGGAGCGCGCCACCUUAGUCGUACCCUUAUAGUGUUUUGACAAGGACGAGCCACCAGGCUACAGUGUCGUAGCAGAUGCAAAAUAAGCAGCACCGUGACAGCGAUCCCGAUCCGUGGAGCAAAUUCUGGGCGUGUUGACCCGUCAUGUUCCUCUUUUCGAUCAAAUACUUGUCCACCUCCGGCGCAUCAACAAGAUGAACUUCUUCACUUUCGCAGCACUGCUCGAUUUUCAUUUUUUCGACGAAGGCCGCGUCGUGGCAGGUUAAAAUACAAAAUGAAAGAUUUGAU